AUGACCUCAAUCGGCCCCCAGAUGCCGCCCAGCCCAUCGAAGCGCAAGCGCACCCCCGACAACCAAGAAGACGAGUCACCGCCAACGAAGCAAGCACGCAACACAGACGAGAUCGACAUCAACGACGACGACUCCUCAGACGACGGCUUCGGGCCGAGCGCUCCAGCAGCGCAAGGUUCAAAAGCAGCACAAGCCCACUUGGCCGCGCAGUCCCGCGCCGGGACCCUCGCGGCCCUCGAACCCGCCGCCGCCCCAGCGGCGCCCCAGCGCGACGACUGGAUGCUCGCCCCGCCGCCCGCCGCGGCGGGCUACAGCGAGCGCGACCCCUCCAAGCUCAAGAACCGGCGCUUCGCGUCCAACAAGCCGCACGCCGCGGCGCCGGCGGGCGGUCCCGCCGAGAUCAGCAGCAUCUGGACCGAGACGCCGGAGCAGAAGCGCAAGCGCCUCGAGGACGCCGUGCUCGGGCGCGCCGCGCCGGCGGGGUCGGAGCUCGAGAGACAGGGCGCAUCCGCCGCUGGUGCGGCGGCGCGUCCGAGCAGGGAGCAGGAGCGCGCGAGGCGGACGGCGGAGAAUCUCGAGGCUGUCAGGGGGAAGAGCCUGUACGAGACACACGCCACGGCGCGCAAGGAGGGCGGGAGACGGAAGGACGAUGAGGAAGAGGAUGACCCAAGCGCGCGAGCCUUUGAUCGCGAGAAGGACAUGGCGCUGGGGGGCAGGAUAAACAGCACGCAACGCCGGGAGCUGCUGGGCAAGGCCAAGGACUUUGGGGGCCGCUUCCAGAAGGGGUCAUUCCUUUAA